GGUCUGGUCACCCCGAUGCUGCGCUGUCCAUCUCAAAGGUUGCUGGACCGCAUUGUGCGACGCUACUUCGAAGUGACUGAUGUUGGCAGUGUGCAGAUGAAGCACUUUAGUGAAAAGGACAAACUCAGACUUCUUUACACUCUGGCAGUGAAUCAACAGCCUCUUAUACUGCAGAUGUUUCCAGGCACAGAGGGCUGGCCCUUCCUGCGCUACCACGGCUCCUGCGGAAGGAUGAUGGUGUGUGCCGGGAGCAGACCCCUCAGGAGCCUGUUUAACUCUCCAUUAGAGCGCCGCGCAGACAUCGUCCACCAGCUCCUUCACAUCACCCAGAGCCUGAGCGCCAACAGCCUCCAGUUCAGCCUCUUCUAUACCAGUGUCUCAGAGGACAUGUUUGGCAUCUUGGAUGAUAGCAGGGUCUUCAUUGUGGAUGCCAGUAACAUUGGGAUCAUUGACUUACAGGAAGGACAUCCUCCUGAUGAAGACUUGCUACCAGAACACCUUGAUGUCUUCUCCUGUCUGAGUGGAUCUUGUGCGAGACCUCCCCCAUGUGAGACUGUCCGAACGACACAGAGUAUUACCCUACUAUGCAAACAUGUCCUUAACAAACUGCUCGUCCCUAAUGAUGUGCAGUCCGGUCACCUUCCCAGAGCAGCAGUGAACGAGCUGGCUAACUGCGCAGACCAAUCUCAGUCUGACCAAAGAAUAAUCGCUGCCAUCCAAACCUUAAAAGACAUCUUACAGACACUAAGGGCAUGCAGCGCUCUUUAUGGAUACAGGUAUCCUGAAUGCCUAUAUAGUGACAAGUUCUAGACCUGAACUACUACGGGAUAAUUCUCCCAAAAAAAAAUGAAGAUUGUCAUUUAACCCUCAUGUCAUUUUCAAACCUGUCAUCCUUUUUUUCUAUGUAACAGAGAAUGGAUAAAUGUAGCGCCAAACACUAGUUCAGAUCAUACGAAUGAACAAACUCUCAUAAGAUUGUAUUGCCCAGAGACCAAAAAGAAAGAGCAAGAAGUGCAAGGUGCACCUGAAUGAUAUCAGGGUGAGUGAAAGAAGAAUUUAAUUUUUUGGGUGGAGUAUCUGUAUGUAAAGUUCACAGAUACAGUCUGAACCUGGAAGUAUCUUCUUGACACAACAUAGCUUUAUCAACACAUAUCUAAUAAAGGAUGUUUAUCUUAUCGAAGUGUAGCCUGCAGACAAACAUUGAGACAAAUAAACAUGUAUGUGUGUGUGUAUGUAUAUAUAUAUAUAUAUAUAU